CUGAUUCAGACGGCCCUAGCUUAAAUAACUGCGAAGGCAUUUUCUUUCCCUGUCCGGUUUCUCGAAUCUGGUUGUAAUUGUAAUGCUACACGCUGCUCAUUCUGUGGAGCAUGAUGCUUUCGUCCCCGUCAGCGGUUGUCGUACCCAAGGAAAAUUCAAUUCAAGAAUUUGACUUUUUUGAAGCCCUCUCUAUCACGCCUCAGAAAGAUCCUUUCUCAAUAGACACCGAAGAAUUUCUCUCGUUGCCUAAUACUGUUCGUACCCCGAUCUCGCCGCAGUCAGUUCCUUUGGCGACGCCACUGCCUAAAGCUUCAAGCGCCACCAACAUCAACUCUUCUUCAGUCUUGCACCCGCCAGCCAAACAGUCCGCAAAAAUGCCUCGUCAAUUAUCUAAAGCCCAUACAAAAUGCUGUGACCUUUGCCACAGCGUUGCGGCUAAUGGAGACCGAACCUCUGUUCGCAUGCUCGAAUAUCUCACCACUGUCAAGCAACUUUCGCAUAAUGUCGAUCGGUUAGCACACUUGCUCCUUGACACCUGCGAGAUUCUGUUCUCUAUUGAAGCUGGCCUUGGAGAAUGCGGACGCUCGACCCCAGAGUUACCGUCUGAUGUUAUCUCAGAAUUGGACAAGAAAUUACGGGUUGCUCAAUCAGACUUCAAUAUUCUCGAUGAAAUGCUGGGCAAACUUCUAGAAUAUGAACGCAAGGGCACGAUGGGGAGGAUGAGGCGUGGCUGGGGGAAAAUAUUUGGAGAUACAGACGUUGACAAAAUGGCGGCGGUCCUCGAACGAACAAAAGAAGGCUUGAGAAUGAGUGCGCUGCUCUUCCAGUGGACGCUAGGCACCGAACGGAUUGAGCGCGGUAUGGGCAUUGGAUACACAGGGCUCGCAGCGGCAUUGAACAGACUGGAAGAUAAUUCGGGACGUGUGAAAGCAAAGGCUUCUGAGCCAGACAUGUCGCGUCAUCGCCCCUCUCCUCUUAGCCAUGGGCACCUGUCUGCUGAGGGACAGCAUCAGCAAAUGCUAGCAUCUUCAGCCGCGUGGAGCGAAAGAUCCUCCUCUCGUA